UUUAUAGAAUUUGCUUCUAUUGUAUUCAAGAGUGAUAUUUUUGAAAUCAAUCUAGCUGUUGUUUCAUUCUUAAAAGCAUUCUGUGGAAAAAAUUUGUCAAGAAAUAAUAAAGAGCUUGAUUCAUUGACAUCAGCCAUUGCACAGCUAUUAUCUGAUGUGAUGCAGAGCAAGAAUUACAUCAUCAGAUUUGAGGCUUUCAAUUUAUAUUUCAGACUUGCUGAAUCCACCCCUCACCCUGAAAUUGUGAAGAAAACUGUGAUGAAGUGUCCUGCUUUGGUUCCUUCAAUAAAAUCCUAUGCAGAAAUGAUUCCUACGAACGGAUUUGUAAAAGAAGAAAUCAGAUAUGAGAUGUACCAAAAACAAUUGGCUGAAUAUCAAGUAAAUAAUGCAUUCAGAGAACAUUUUUCUGAUGAAAGCAAGAAAAUAUUGUCUGAUUUGUUUACAUAAUGCCAUUUGAUGAUUAUGUUAAAUUAUUAAUUUAUCAAAAGUUUGUUUAUGUGUAAUAAUAAAUGUUUCCAUCUUGA